AUGACUCUUGUGCUCUCUGGACGAAGAAACACUGUCAUUCCUAUGUCGAAUGAAGAAGACGAUGACCUAUUGGCGAGAAGCUCGAAAAAGAUCAAAAAUGGAAAUGGAGAUAACAGUCGAAGUGUAUUGCAAGGCCACUGGCCAAAGCCAGGAGAAAACUUCAAAGACAGCACCUCUGGGAAACAGUCAUUUGCUAAUAAACUGAAAGGUGUCAACAGGGGAGAUGAGGACUCGGCUGAUGAGGAAGAAUAUUACGAUAAUGAUAGUGUGGAUGGCAACAGUUCAGAUUCUCUUAAAGAGCAAAAUAUAGAUGCUGAUGAACCCCUAUACAAAACAUCAGAGGAUCCUAAUCGAAACUUCCCUACAUUUACGUUCUCUAAUCGUAUGAAGAAGAAACUGUACAGGGCGUGGAGGAAGUCUCUGAUUGUGAAGCUCCUGGAUAGAUAUAUAGGCUACAAAGCACUCGAAACCCGUCUACAAUCGAUGUGGGUAAAGAGAGGAGUUAUUAGAUUGAUUAAUAUUGGACAUGGUUAUUAUGUGGUGAAGUUUACAAACAAAGAAGACUAUUAUGAAGCUCUCACUGGGGGUCCAUGGAUGAUCUACGACCACUAUCUAACUAUGCAGCCAUGGGAGCCAAAUUUCAGAUCAGAUAGAGCAACCAUAGACAAAGUAGCUGUUUGGGUGAGACUGCCGAAGAUCUUCAUGGAAUAUUAUGAUAAAGAAGCACUUACCAUCAUUGGUAAUAGGAUCGGAAAAACAAUUAGAAUUGAUAUGAAUACCUCUUGUCAAUUAAGGGGUCAUUACGCAAGAAUUUGUGUCUUGGUGGAGCUAGGAAAGCAACUUAUGUCAGGAUUUUAUUUAGAUGGGGAAGCUUAUUAUUUAAAGUAUGAAGGUCUCCAUAUGCUUUGCACAAGCUGCGGAGUUUACGGCCAUAGGUCAGAGACGUGUUCUUCAAAAAAGAUAAACAUAGAGGAGAAUGUAGAUGCUGCGAAUGGCAAGACUACGGUGAAUAGCGAUCAAAGAAUGGAGGACAGCCACAAAAUACAUGAUCACUGGACAGUAGUGCAGAAACAGAGAUGA